AUGAACAACAUUAGAAAACCGUUUAUCAGUGAUUGGUAUACAUUAGCAGUCAACGACGCAAGUCCAUUAGGCAUUCCUCACAGCCUGAAUGAAUUACCAGCAAAAGUAGACGUCCAAGUCAAAAUUCUUCAAAGUGGAAAAGAAUACAUAUUUCCAGGACUAGGAUCCGUUCCAAAAGAUGACGAUAUCCCUACUGAAUACGGAGGCGUGGCAUAUGCAUACAACUCGUCACAUAUUUUAUUGUUUGUUCCUGUCAUUAAAACUAGUGGUGGUGGGGGUAUUGGACGUGUAUUAACUACAGGAGGUUCAUCAUACACUGGCCCGUUCAUUGGAUCUUCAAAAACCUGUAAAGUUCGCAUAAGGGCUUGGAAACUAUCCGACUGGCCAAAACCUGAUUUUAAUCUUACGUCUGGUUUGACAAUUUCUAAAGAUGACUACGUCACCUGUUACAGAGACGGAUGGGGGGCCUUCGAUUAUAUCGUUCCCGACAAUGUUGAAGUCAUCAUCCGAGCUUGGAUUAUUUCGUCAUCAGAGAUAACAAAUAUGAAUACUUUUGCGUAUGCUAAAGGUGGCAACAUCUCUCGAGGAGGAGUAAUACCCAUGACGAACGCAAUUAACCUAGACUUUCACAUAGUCAAUGUUGAGAUCAGGGACGCCACAGUCAGCAGAGGGAAAGUAUUCUACGGAGCCGGAUCUGCUAACCUCGGUAACUCUGGAGAACCGUUCGGGGGCGUGCUCUUUGGUUACUCACAAACAGAAACUGUGUUGUGGACUCCUAGCACUAGUGUGUCGUGGGGUAAUCUGAUCUACAUUGGUGGCUUGUGGGGAGAUGGCACAGAGAACAUGCAGAUCAACAACGUUCAGAUAUCAGUCAAAGUUAUCAAAGCAGGAUUUACAGGUUAA